AUGGAUAUCACCGCUCUUCGAUCCACGCGAACUACUCGAAAGCACAACAACUUGUUUUAUCAGGAUAUUCCGGGCAGUAUGAACGCCGAAGCUCUCACCCGAUUCCUGGCGGAGCAGCGCGAAUCGUCGGUUCGUGAGAUGGCAGACCCCGGGGAAUUCCUUGACGAAGCUUCGCCAGCAGAGUUCCACAAUAAAUUGGUAACAGCCGCUUUCACCCCAUUUUUGAAAGCUCUAUCUCUCUCAGCUCUAAACCAAGUGAUCUCAGAUUUAGGAAGACCGCGAUUCAACGGGCAGAUUCUGCCUUUAUAUCAAUGGGUAACAUUUCGUGUAAGCAGCUUGAUUUAUUUUCAUGUGAAUGUCUAUCGAAUCCAAGGCAAAAAGAAAAAUGCUAACAAGACGGCCGGAAAGACAAUGCGCACAUUGCCAAAUGUCAAGCUGAACAAAGAUCGCAAGAUUAUGCAAUGCGACGAUCAAUUGUACAAGGUAAUUUUCGAUCCUGAAGGCUUCAGUGUUCAUAAUAUGGCAUUAAUCGGCCAACAACACGCUCCGAAUAAAAUAUGGGACAAAUCAUUGAAGCCAAAAUCCAAAGGACGCGUAUCAAUAAUCACCAAUCCCGACGAAAUAUUCAUCAAACCGAAUCGACCCUCGAAUAUUCAACCAAUUACCGUCGACAAGUUGCAAAUCAUUGAGAUUCUCGAUUAUGUCGACGAUUUAUACUUGCAACUUUUGGAACCGGCCGAUGGGAAGAAAUAA